UGUUCACAAUCACACUGCUGUUCUGUAUAGAGUCCCUCCUCCCCUCAAUCAUAGCCAUCCCUCCCAUCCCCAGCAGCUUCAUCCUUGCUCAGUACACACAGUAAGUGUCACACAGGCAGGGACCCUCACAUGCCAUUACAGCGGCAACAAAGAGCCCCCUGACUCAGCCGGGAGACCAUCUCCUCCAGCCUGGGGAAGAUGGGCAGGAGGGGGGGUGCCCACACCUCUCCAUAUGGUGAACCAAGGAAGUUUGAUCCAAAGUUUAAAGGGCCCAUUGGAAACAGACACUGUACGGACGUCCUUUGCUGUAUCAUUUUUGUGGUGGUCAUUCUAGGUUACAUUGCACUAGGCAUUGUUGCCUGGAUUCAUGGAGAUCCCAGGAAGAUUGUGUAUGCAACAGACAGCUACGGGCAGUUCUGUGGGCAAAAAGGGACUGCAAAUGAGAACAAAACCGUCUUAAUGUAUUUUAAUAUUCUAAAAUGUGCCAGUCCAGUGGUGCUUAUAAACCUGCAGUGCCCUACCAUUCAGCUUUGUGUUUCCAAAUGCCCGGAUAGAUUUGCCACCUACCUGGACAUGCAAGCCAACUGGAUGAAUAGCAGCUACUGGCAAUAUUACAGACAGUUCUGUAAACCAGGGUUUAACAACCCCAGAAAGUCUAUUACAGAAGUUCUACGGGAUGAAGACUGCCCAGCUAUGCUCAUUCCCAGCAGGCCGUUCCUACAGCGGUGCUUCCCAGACUUCUCCACCAGGAACAGUGUUCUGACUGUGGCUAAUAAGACGCUCUUUAAAGAUGGAAGUGGCCAAAUGAGGAACGUAACGGAUCUGAGAGAAGCGGCUAAUGGGAUAAACGCUGUUCUUGAUGCAAGAUCCAUUGGGAUGAAGAUCUUUGAGGACUAUGCAAGUUCCUGGUACUGGAUAUUAAUAGCCCUCUUUAUUGCCAUGGUCAUCAGCCUCCUCUUCCUCAUACUUCUAAGGUUCACCGCGGGGGUAUUUUUCUGGAUUUUUAUCAUCGGUGUCAUUGGAGUUGUGGGAUACGGCAUAUGGCAUUGCUUUUGGGAAUACAGCAACUUGAAAGGGGUCCCUGGAUCUGACUUAACCAUCUAUGACAUCGGGCUGCAGACGGACUUCAGGGUCUAUUUACAGCUCAGGGACACCUGGUUGGCGUUUAUGAUCAUCCUCUGCAUUGUUGAAGUUAUCAUCAUCCUCAUGCUGAUCUUCUUAAGAAAUCGAAUCAGAAUUGCCAUAGCGCUCUUACAGGAGGGAAGCAGGGCCAUCGGCUACAUCAUGUCGACCCUGUUUUAUCCGAUCAUCACGUUUAUCCUGAUCGCCAUCUGCAUCUCGUACUGGGCAGUCACCGCAGUGUUCCUGGCCACAUCCGGAGAGUCUGUAUAUAAAGUGAUGGCCAACAAGACCCUCUGCCAGUAUGCGGGCACAGUCUGUGCACCUGAAACCUUCAAUACGACUAAUGUGACCAAGCUGUGCCCCGGGGCUCAGUGCACGUUUGCAUAUUAUGGGGGAGAAGGUGUCUACUAUCAAUACAUCCUGAUUUUUCAGCUUUGUAACGUCUUUGUGUUCCUGUGGCUGGUGAAUUUCUCCAUCGCUCUGGGGCAGUGCACUCUGGCCGGGGCAUUUGCUUCCUAUUAUUGGGCUUUCAAGAAACCUGCUGACAUCCCAGCCUGUCCACUGUUUUCAUCCUUUGGGCGAGCAAUAAGAUAUCACACUGGAUCGCUGGCGUUCGGCUCCCUCAUCCUGGCUCUUGUACAGUUUAUACGAAUUAUAUUAGAGUAUUUAGACCAUAAACUUAAAGCGUCCCAGAAUUCCUUUGCUAAAUUCUUAUUGUGCUGCCUGAAAUGCUGCUUUUGGUGCCUGGAAAAGUUCAUAAAGUUUAUAAAUCGGAAUGCAUAUAUCAUGAUCGCCAUCUAUGGAAAAAAUUUCUGCACUUCAGCUAAGGAUGCGUUCUUUCUGCUGAUGAGGAAUGUAGUGCGAGUUGCUGUUCUGGACAAGGUAACAGAUUUCUUGCUCUUUCUUGGGAAGAUUCUUGUUGCGGGUUCUGUUGGUGUCCUGGCUUUCUUCUUCUUCACAAGAAAAAUACCUGUCAUUACUGAUGAAGCUCCCUCGCUGAAUUAUUACUGGGUGCCGCUUCUGACGGUGAUCAUAGGAUCCUAUCUCAUUGCACAUGGAUUUUUCAGUGUCUACGCAAUGUGUGUGGAUACACUUUUCCUAUGUUUCUGCGAAGAUCUGGAAAGGAAUAACGGGUCUGCCUCCAAACCUUACUACAUGUCUCCGGAGCUGCAUAGGAUUCUGAGGAAAAAGGAACUUGGCUCCAAGAAGGCAAAGCGUUAACUUAUUGCACUUGCUUUCUCUAACCAAAUGCUCCUUCUAACCCAAUAACUAAGCAUUGAAGGGGUACCUUACGGAAGAGAGAAGAAACUUUCCCAUUUGAGGUCCAGAGAUGUCCGUUAGGUCUUAGAGGUGACGGUUUAUCUGGGGAAAAGAGAUGAGGACCUACUGGUGAGGGAAGCAAGGAUUACCCAUCUGGUGGCAAAGUUCUUGAGUUGGCAGCGACUGGUGAGGGAGAUUCCUGGAGCGAGGAUCUUCUGUUGAGGCAGUUUAGCUGGAUCUGAUCUUGGGGGAUGGAUUCAGGAAGGACCUUCUAUCAAGGGUGACCUUGGAUGAGGAACACUAUGGGAAGUGAAUUUGGUAUUGAGGAACUUCUUUUUAGGGUGUUUUUGUCUUAGAGACCUACUGGUGAGGAAGGUCUUGAUUCGGGACCACCCAAGAGGACAACCUUCCCAGUGGUGGCAGUCCAUCUCCACCAUCUGAGACAUACUAAGAGGGUCCUUGAGGAACAGAAUUACAUUUUAGUGCCUAUGAACAGGAAAAAAAAUGUCAAUAUUAUAGCUUUUCCUUAAAUUGCUUUUAGGGUUUUUAAUAUUUUUAUAGAGCCGCCGUCCGUCUAAAGGACCGGCACUUUUUUUAUAAAUAUAACCUUUCACUUUUCAUAGAGGGAAUACAGAAAUACUUGAUAUAAAUGGUACAUUGAUAGAAUGAGCCAUAUCUGGUUUUCUUUCGUAUUUUUGUUGCCGUUUGAAUUUCUUGCUUUUUUUUUUUUUUCGAAUGAAAGAUUUGGCUACGCAAACUUGACUUUCUCCAAACAUUUGGUGCUAAGUAACAUUUGCACUUCACAGAACAACCAUGUAAACUGUGAUUUUGUGUUCUCCUCCAGUAUGAAAAGAAAGAGAAUUUGCCCUAAUUGUGUGAUGUGUGCUACAUUAACCCAAGGCUUCUCCAAAGUGUUCCUGUUGUGCCUGUAUGGGUGAGGCCGCCAUUUUGUAUGUUCAGUAAUGGUGCAACUUAUCAUUUCACUAGGGACUUGGUCACUGAUCCAUCUUGCCCCAUUGUUGGCUCCGGUUUUUUGAAGGGGUUGUGUAGUUUAGAAAACCUGUUUUCAAAUCACAAUUAGGGAAUUCUGGGUUAAAGGGGUACUCCCGUGGAAAACUUUUUUUUAAAAAUCAACUGGUGCCAGAAAGUUAAACAGAUUUGUAACUUACUUCUAUUAAAAAAUCUUAAUCCUUCCAGUACUUUUUAGGGGCUAUAUACUACAGAAGAAAUGGUUUUCAUUUUGGAUUUCUUUUGGAUUUUAUAUCAACUAGUUUCCUUGACUCUGUUGGUCCUCACCAAUCACCUAAUUACCACCUAUCACUUUUAAUGUUGGGACAACCCCUUGAGUAGGGCCGUGUGGAAUGAGGGCUGUUAAUAUAUCUUCAAAAAUCUCCUUAAAUUUAGGACCUAUGCCAACUUCAAAAAUAUUUUAUUCUUGAAAGGAUCCUGCGCGUGGUUUUGCACGAGGAACACUAUUCAUAGCAUUUGUGCUGAUACAAUAGAAUUUAGGACACUACACAGAUAGAUUUUCGAGAAGAACUUUCAUGACCUUAUUUAUAUUUUUUGCUUCUUUUUUCAGCACAUUUUGCUAGUUUAUAGGAUUGUUUAUUGUACUUUAUUAAUGAUGGAGGGUGACAUAUACCUUUGUCUAGUUACGAUAACAUAUUUGAAAUUUUUAUUCAGAAUUUUUAACUUUGGUGGGAUGUAAAUUUCCCUUCUGGAACCUAAUGUACACACAGCUUAUAAGGCUUUUUUGUAUUUUUUUUAAAUUUAAUAAUGUAUGUAAACAUAUUGCGGAUUGUUUACAUGGGCUUCAUGGUGGCUGAAUAAUAGAAUAAUUGGCAACGUGAAAAAGGAAAUUUAUGUUGAUUUUUUUUUUUUAUAUAUUUCUUUCUUUAUAAAAGAUAAAAUACUUUCUUUUUUUUUUUUUUGAGACAUUCCCAUGUAUUUUUUUCCAAUUUGCAUAAUAAAAAUGCAAUAAAUUUUGUAGCAAAAAUAUUCAUUUUCUUUUUAAGAUUUGGUUGUUUAUAUUUUCAAAACUUGCCUAUAUACAGAAAUCUUAAGAGCCAGAUAUUUUCAGUUUUUUUUGUAAUGUUAGUUGACCAUUCUUUGUAUUGAAACUUUAUUCUGACAUGAUAAGUGCACUUAGGAAAUGGAAAAAAAAUAUUAUUCAGAAAUUGUAGGAUGUUUUGAGUGACACUAAGUGUUGAUUUUAAUGUAAACAUUGUUUCCCUCAGUCCCUUUAGCUGCACAACAUAUGGCGACUUUAUCUUCCUGUGCUGAUAGGACAGGUAAAAUUUUAAAGGGUGAAGUCUGAGCCAUUAUAAUAAGCCCCAAGCUCUACCCUAUUGUUAAUUAUACACAUGAAAAACCUGACUGAAUCUAAAAAAAAAAAAAAAAUAAGUGAGGAAGGAUUGUGCUGCUGAAAGGACUAAGGGAAGCAAGUCUUGAAACCAACAUUUCCCUUACAUCCCUGUUCAGCAGCACAGCAAAAGGGGAUGUAGCAAGAAAACCCUUAUGGUUUGACUCUUGCAUGGAGGAACAGACGAAGGGAGAGAUUUAUCAUUGUGUGUUAAAAGGGUACCUAGACAUCUUAUCCCCUAUUCAAAGGAUAGGGGGAUAAGAUGUCUGAUCGUGGGUGUCCCGCCGCUGUGGACCAGCGCGAUCUCCGUGCUGCACGUGGCGUUCGUUUAGAGCGUCAGGUUCUGCGCCAGAGGCUCGUGACAUCACAGCAGCGCCCCACACGUGACAUCACAGCCACGCCACCUCAAUGCAAGUCUAUGGGAGGGGGCCCCCUCCCAUAGACUUGCAU